GGCCGUGGGAGACUUUGACUUCAACGGUUCAGGGUCCCCAGGUCCGUGGGCACAGGGAGCCAUCAGUGUUGGUUAAAUUAUAAGAAUCACUCACACAUGGCAUCACCAACCACGUACCAGACCCUACUCUAAGCGCUUGACAGAUGGAAGGUUCCAUCGCUUUCUCCAGACCAUGACCGAGGCAGAGGUGAGACGCGCCUGUAGUGAGACUUCCUGGUGCUGGCUGGGGGAGGGUAGGCCCAGCUGGCAGUGCCAGUGACUAACGCAUAAAGGCCUGCCAGAUCACCCCCUUCCCACCUGCCCUGAAACACCUGUAGGGAGGCCGUGGUGUGGAGGGCUUCUCCAGAGCCCUGGGGAAAUGCACAUUCAUUCAUUCACUCAUUCAUUCAUCCAUCAAAAGUCACCAGCUCCUGCUGGGUGCCCCGCCUAGGCUGGGCACCAGGUACCCACCCAGUCCCUGUCCCCAGAAAGCUAGUGGGCCAGCAGGGCUGACCCCCACCUCCCUUCUCCAGGGGAAGGGGGCCAGGACGCUCCUCUUUCCCUGUCCACACCAUCACUGCCCAGCUACGUGUCUGCUCCCCAUCAGACCAGGGUGCGCUCCUGAGGACGGAGGCCGAGUCUCGGUGCCCACUCCUGUGACCUAGCGCCCCACACAGAGGUGUGUCUUCCUCGGGCCGCCUGGGACUUGGGACCUGGGACGCGAGGGGCAGGGCCGAGCCGGCGCCAGGCCACGGAAUCCGCCCGGCCCCUCACCUGAGCCGCCAGCCGCCGCCCGCACUUCCUCGACCCGCCCCGACCCGCCCCUUCCACAUUCCUGCCCCGCCGGCCCCGAGGCCGCCGCUCCGCUGCGCCUGGCCCUUCCUCCGCUGCCCCGCGAUGAAGGCGGCCCAGGCCUCAGGCGAGGAGGCGCCGCCCGGCGCGCGGUCCGUCAAGGUGGUCCUGGUGGGCGACGGCGGCUGCGGGAAGACGUCGCUGCUGAUGGUCUUCGCUGAGGGCGCCUUCCCCGAGAGCUACACCCCCACGGCAUUCGAGCAGCUCACCGUGAAUCUGCACGUGAGGGGCAAACCCGUGCACCUCCACAUCUGGGACACAGCAGGGCAAGUCGGCUACGACCGCCUGCGGCCCCUGUUCUACCCUGACGCCAGCGUCCUGCUCCUCUGCUUUGACGUCACCAGCCCACACAGCUUUGACAACAUCUCUAACCGGUGGUACCCGGAGGUGAAUCACUUCUGCAAGGAGGUGCCCAUCAUCGUCGUGGGCUGCAAGACUGACCUGCGCAAGGACAAGUUGCUGGUGAAGAAGCUGCGGAAAAAUAGGUUGGAACCUGUGACCUACCACAGGGGCCAGGAGAUGGCACGGGCCGUGGGCGCCGUGGCCUACCUCGAGUGCUCGGCUCUGCUCCAGGAGAACGUCCACACCAUCUUCCAGGAGGCGGCCAAGGUGGCCCUCAGCAGCCACCGUCGCAACUUCUGGAGGCGGAUUACCCAGAGCUGUUGUGUGGUGACUUGAUGGGCUGAGGCGCUCCUUCCCUGACCACACCAGCGGCACAGGAAGGAGCUGGGCGCUGACCUGGCCAAUUGGCUGGGCUGGACCCAGUCCCCAGGCUGUGACCACCGAACCGUACCCCAAACAGAUGGGCACCACCGAGGCCGGGCCCCUGACUCUGGCACUGGUAUCCCUGGACUGGAGAGAAACCCCUCUGAGGCCUGAGGAAGGGGGUUCCCGGGCUCACCAGCCCUGUGGAGGGCUAGGCCUGGAGACCCCUGGAAUCACUCCCAGCUCCCAGCCCUGGACUACACAUCCUGGAGCGGCCUGUGCAGCCUGGCGCCACCUCGUGGGUGUUCCCGGGCCUGCACCUUCAGGACCCGGUGGUGCUAGGACCCUCCAGACAGAACUCACACCCUGCCCCGUCCCCCUUCGCCCUGCCCAUCCCAGUGGUAACUGUAACACUAAAAUGACAUCACUUUUCA